AUGACUUCACUCAAACAGCUAGCACAUCUAGGUUUUGAUCUGGCCCUGAUAUCCAUGAUACUAGCCGGUUUACGUCGAAAUACAGGUCUCGUAUUGGCAUAUGAACACUCAGAUCUGAAAAACUAUCUGAGACGAUAUUUGGACUGGGGCGAUGCCCUAUACAGCAGAUUGGCACGAUUUGCAGAACGCAGCAAGUGUUUUAGGAAAGAGACGCCUCUAGACGGAUUUCUGGACGGUGUUUUCAAGCGGGUCGAGGAAUUGGGUCGCGGUCCAGCCAGGUCUGUGCACCAGCAACAAACAGAAUAUCAGCAAAAACGCUAA